AGAAUAGAGGAGACGAGCAGAGGAGAGGAGGAGAAGGCGUAGGCAGGCUUUUAGUACAUUACACUAAGCCGCUUUAAAUUCUGCUCCCGGGGGCGACGCACAGCACAACACACACUCCUAGACACACACAUACACACAUCUACUGCUCCAGCAGCGCUUGCCGACCUUACGCAUUCUGCAGUUGUGUUUUUAAGGUGUUUUCUUUGCCCCGUUCUCAUUUCUAAACCCCAUGGCGAACUACAUCCACGUCCCCGACGGCGCUCCUGUCGUGCCCAAGCUGGACGUGACCGUGGACGAGCACGACUACAGACCGGGCGCGCUGCGGCUCAUCCGGGCGCUCAGACCUCACUGGAAACCGACCGAGGUCCAAAUGAAGACUUUCACCGAUGGCAUCACCAACAAGCUGAUUGGCUGCUACGUGGGUAGGUCCCUGCAGGACGUGGUGCUGGUGCGUAUCUACGGCAACAAAACGGAGCUGUUCGUAGACCGAGACAAUGAGGUGAAGAGCUUCCGAGUGCUGCAGGCGCACCGGUGCGCCCCGCGUCUCUACUGCACCUUUAACAACGGCCUGUGCUAUGAGUUCCUGGAGGGUGUGGCCUUGGAGCCUGAGUACAUCCGCAACCCUGCCAUUUUCAGGCUCAUUGCCAGACAGUUGGCGAAGUACCACGCCAUCCACGCACACAACGGUUGGGUUCCUCGCUCUGAUCUCUGGCUCAAGAUGGGCAAGUACUUCUCCCUCGUCCCCACCCGCUUCGAGAACCCAGAAAAGAACCAGAGGCUGAGCAGCCAGGUGCCCAGUUUGGCAUGUUUGAGAGAGGAGAUGCUGUGGCUCCAGCAGAGCCUCUCCACCCUGGACUCGCCCGUCGUUCUCUGUCACAACGACCUGCUGUGUAAGAACAUCAUCUACCAACAGGCAGGAGAACAUGUCAAAUUUAUUGACUACGAAUACGCUGGGUACAAUUACCAAGCCUAUGACAUUGGGAACCACUUCAACGAGUUCGCAGGUCUGAACGAGGUGGACUACAGUCUGUAUCCUGAGCGCAGCCUCCAGCUGCAGUGGCUGCGAGCGUACCUGGAGGCUUAUAAGGAGUAUAAGGAUCAGGGCUCUGAGGUCUCUGAGGCCGAGGUGGAGGUCCUGUACGUCCAGGUGAACCGCUUCGCCCUGGCAUCUCAUUUCUUCUGGGGACUGUGGGCGUUGAUCCAGGCGCAGUACUCCACCAUCGACUUCGACUUUUUGGGAUAUGCGAUUCUCCGCUUCAGCCAGUACUACAAGAUGAAACCCGAGGUCACUGCUCUGAACCUUCCGGAAUAGUGCCUCGCUCCGGGUGGAUUGUGCUCCCCCUGGUGGACGUGGGCAGCACCAGCAGAGCUUUUGGGUCUGUGGGUUAAAUGCUGCAUUUAUUCGAUUGGAACGCUAGAAGAAAAAACAAAACAUCAUCUCUCUCUCUCUGUUCAGCACUUCGUUUUCCGUUUCUGUCAAGAGCCAUGUCGAAGUGACGUACGUGCUCAUGGGUUGAGGGUGAUAGAGCUCGGGAUGUAGAUGUUCCUCACGACCUGGUGGACCUGGGUUUAGCGGAUUAGGACCAAGAAAAAAAGAAAAAAGAAAAAACACACACAUAAUCAAGGCCUCCAUCUUCAGUACUGAAUGUGUGAGGCUAUAUAUAUAUAUAUACUGUAUAUACCUUAUAUAUAUAUCAUGUAUGUAUAUGAGGUAUAUAUAUAUGUAUAUAUUCUAUGUCCCAGACUUCUUGGUUUGUUUGGCAUUCCUGUUUGUUUACUGUGAAGAUAAGUUUACUGCUGAGUUUCAUCUGCUAGUAUAGAGCUUUCAGAUUAAGGGCUGAGAGUCUUAUAGCUGCUUUAACAUCUGUGAUUGAGGAACCAAACGGAACCUCAAGUUAAGCUCAUGCUUGCUUUAUUAUUAUUAUUAUUAUUAUUAUUAUUAUUUUCUUUUUCCUGUCACUGUGAGCCGCUUCGCUGCGUCUAGUCCCGUAUCUGGUCCAAAAGGUGCUUAGCAAAGAGAUGGAGAGCCUGUAGCUGUUGCCCUACACCGAAGUGCUGAGGUUCUUUUAUAUAUCUAAUAAAUAAGAAGAGGAUUGUUGAGGAUGUUGAGUGUAGCUGAGUGGCCGUCAUGCCUUAAAUCAGGACUUUCUGAUGGACACACCAUGAUGCUAAUCAAGCUUUCAUUUCUCAAUUGCUCAUCGUUCGUUGUAUUAACCCAGGGUUUUGACUUGGAUCUACAAGACCAGACUUGCACUUGUAUGAAUUGGGAGUUUUUUUCUUUUAUUUUAUUCAGAUGUUUAUUUCUGAUAUUUACCCUUCAAGCCCUAUUCGGACAGGAUAAAAAAAAAAAGAAAGUUGCCCAUUUUUUAAGAGGACAGCUAUACAGUGGUACCUUGGCAUAUGCAUUUAAUUUGUUCUCGGAGGCGAGUUCUUUUAAAAUAAUGUAAAUGCAGAAAAUUUGUUCCAGCCACCCAAUUUUUUUUUUAUUUAUUUAUUUAUUUAUUUUUAGCAAUUUCCAACACUAAAAUCUUAUUUUUAUGCAUAUAAAAACAAUCAAAACGUUUAAAAAAAGACAUGUAAAUGUAGUCAAAUUAAAGACAAAAAUUGACAUUAAACCUCACCUAACCUUAAUUUAUGAUUCUUCUUGGCUGCGGCUGCUUUAAAAACCAACUGAAAGUGCUAACACUGCUAACGUUCCUGGGAACCAUGAUGCUACAAUAUGUCUUCACUAAAUCUUCUGCCUGGGGCCGGUUAGAAUUCAAUUCCUCCAGGAGAAUUUGGCCUGUGCAUUAGCUGAGAGCCAGAAAAUUUUCGAGGUCUCAAAAGUCUGACCUCCAGGGGUGUGACCGCGGGUGGGACAUAGACGCGUUCGGCUCGAUUUAUUCACUCGUAUGCCGAAAAUGCUUCGUGUUCCGAAAGUGCAUUUUUCCUUGCACAAUUUUGGUUCUUAAGAUGAAAAUUCGUGAGGUGGGGACGUACGUAUGCCGAGGUGCCACUGUAUUAUGUAAGCAGGAUUCAUUUUCUUUUACACUUUUGAUUGAUUAUUAUUCUCCACAUCUCAUCUCCACGUCAAUAAAUAAAUGGUUUUCAUUUCAUUCACUCUCUUAAAAAUGAACAAGUGAGCUUCUAACAGCAUCGCUUCCGUAAUGUAUUCCCAUUUCCUCGUGGUAUUAUUCCUACAUGUUAAUCUAAGAUGAGGCUUUAUACCUGCUGCAGGUACUGUAAUACUCAUCAUGCAUUAAUCAGAGUGAAAGAUCACCUUUAUUCUUUUUUAUUGUUACUACAUGUACUUUUAACAGACUUCCAGUUAAGAAAGUAUGUAUAAGCUCUCUGUGUGUGUGUGUGUGUGUGUGUGUGUGUGUUUGCACGUGCGCAUGUUGUACAUUUUCAUCGAACAAGCCAGACUAAAAAGCCAUAAAUUUUUUACAAAUGUUUUGCUAACACUAAUUUUCGAGCACACAUACACAUAUAUGGUGAUAAACUCCCAAUCACAUCCUCGUUUACAUUUAACCACACCCACAAAUAUUUUUAAAAGGUGAAGCUCAUAAAAAAUAGGGGGCGGGGGCUAAAUGGUGAAAGUGUGGCGUGCGCUAAAUCUUAUAAUAAUGCAGCUCAGCCACUGCACCGCCUCUACUGUUUCUCCUUUAAAAGGACUGCAGUACCUUUUCUCAUAAUUAAAUAUAUAGUAUUUAUUUGUAAUAGUUUAUUUUUUCAUGAAGCUGAUUGAGUAAAAUAAAUAAAAACAAAAAAGUGAUUUUACUUUGACUGUAUAAACUCGGAGGAGCUUAAUUGCAUCAAGUCGAUCAAUGUUAGCAUUUUCCUCAUAUGUAAACUAUUCCAUUAAAUCCCACUGGAGUAAACUGAUCCUGUCCGAAUAGGGCUUUUUAGCGAGCUCAGUUUUUAAUUCUAAAGCUUAUCUUUCUCUCUCUGUUUCUCGUACACGCACACAUACACAGAAAGGAAUAUCAGCUUUAUCGAACCUGUUACAAACUCGCUCACUUUCUAUGUCGGAUAUUCUGUUCAGGGUCGCCUACGACAUUUUAUCGAGAGCGACUUACAUUUUAUCAGAUUAGAUAUCUGAGCAGGUGUGGGUUAAGGGCUUUGUUCAAGGGCCCAACAGUGGCAAGGGUUUGAACCUGCGACCCUCAGUAUCAGUAGUUACCUUAACCACUGAGCUACCACUGCGCCACACACACUCACACACUCAUGUGUAGCAAACUGACCGUGUUAUAUGUAAUUGAUACUGUGAAAAGGAAGCUCUUUACAUUUUACGCUCUGUUCAUAAUGUGGCUUUUCUAGCCGAGCUUCAUCUCUAGGGAACAAGUUCUCGCUCAUCACAUUUCAUUUGAAUUCAGACAUCUGUGUCCUUAAAAGAAAACUCGGCGAGUCUGUCACGAUCACAUUAUGUUAAAACAGGUUCUCUCUCUCUCUCUCUCUCUCUCUCUCUCUCUUUCUCUCUCUCUCUCUCUCUCUCUCUCUUUCUGCCUUCCCAGCCAGACUGUGUCUAUUGAAACUGAAGUUAUUUUUUUUCUUUCAGACAUGUGAUUGUACAGAAAGUAAUCCAGUGCAAGUGUAAUCCACUACCACUUGAAGAAUAUAUGUGAAUAUGUGUAUAUCUUUAAAAGCAGCUGUAAUAUCUUUGGGAGAUAGUGUACAUAGGGGAGAUUUGCUUUUUUUUUUUUUUUUUCUAAAAAUGAAUUGCUACGAAGCAAGAUGUUUUUUUUGGGGAGGGGUGGCAAGGGAAGUAAAUAAAAUGGGAUGUAUGGAUGAUGUUUAAAGUCUGUAUUUACAUGAUCCGAAUACAAAUAAAAUGAUGAAACGUC